AGGUUCUCUCUGUUUUUCUGUUCUCUGGUGCAGACGGCUGUUGUCUGGCUAAUCAUUUUUCUCAGAUGUUUAACAUGGGUGUGACUAGGUUUGUGUUCGUGGGACUUGUGUUUCUUCUCUUUCACAAAGUUUCAGGACAAAACUGCACAACUCUUUUUAACGAAUGCAAGGCGACUAUAGAGCCUGACCAAGAAACAAGCACCAGAAGUUAUCACGAAUCGGAGAUGUACAUGUGCGCUUUAGCUAAUGGUGUGGAAAUAUUGUGCACUUAUUACCCAAGCCUUUUGCUCUGUGUGAACAACACCAUGCCCAACUGUCGCAACGAUCAAGCUAUCAAGAGAGAGAUAGAUAGUCUUCGGUGGACCUACGAUAGCUACUGUUCAAAAAAAACGCAAUGUUUCCUUAAAUUGGAAAGUGCCUCUGUGAUGCAGAUUUAAUCUCCGAAGUCAACAAUAUCACCAAAAUGUGCAAUAAUUACCAACAAUUCACACAAUGCAUCGGGAAGCUAAAAUACUGCAAAGCUGGUGAAAUAUGGCAGCAAACUACGCUACGUAUAGCCAUGAUGGAAGCAAUUUGCAAAACAGCGUGUCCGGAUGCCUUUAAAUGUUUUUUGAGAGGGGGUAAAGUAAAGACAAAGUCCUUUGUGGGCCUCUGUCCGACUACUGGUGUCACAGGAAAUAUUUGCAGAGAUCUGAUUCCACGGUUCCAGUGUCUGACUAAAAAUACCAGGAAAUGCAGUGCCAGUGUCAGUGACAAGUGGCAGAGAGUUGUGACAAGUUACAAGGAAGUCUGCUCAGAAUUCGAUGAGUAUAUGACGGAUCCUUCACCCUGUGAAAACAUACAAAGGUGUGUGGACAAAGCAGAAGUAGUGCCAGGGGUCAGGCUGGGUGACUGGAGGAGUAAUGAGACUGUGUUUUACACCCACACCAAAGAAGUCACCACCGGCAUGUUAAAUCCGGGCACAUGGUGCUCGAUUCUCACACAUGCAGUAGGCUGUGUGGACCAGCAUGCAGACGUCUGCAAUGUGACGAUGAAGGAAAAGGAAAUGGUAGCGUCGAUGAAAAUCAGCGUUGGGAACACCUGCAAAGAUACUCAUGUAUCAAACGAAAGUGGAAUACCCAAGAGCGGGUUUUAUCGCCUGUCUUCUUUCUCUGUCGUGAGUUUACUGAUGGCAGCGCUGCUCUCCUUAAAGUCUGAGGCGAAAUUUCUGCACGAAACACUUAUAUGACUAAUAAUCGGGUGGAUCAGCUUCCUUGUUUGUUCAUUUAAUAAAAAGACCAAAUAAAUAAAGAUUUGCAAACUUUCUAACCGCGAUGGUCAUGAAAGAUUUCAACACAUUUCGAAUAUUUCUUAAGUCGACUAUUUAAUUUUAAAGUUGAUGAAACCAUCAAUAAAUAUUCUUUCUUUUUCUUAUUCGCUUAAGACCUCGUAUUAAAAUUAAUCUUUUAAAUAAUGUUUUACUGGUAAGGAAACUAUGCCCGUAUUCACAUAGAUACAUGUGAAUGAUAUGUAUUCUAUAAUAAAAAAAAUGAUAUAUUACUGUAUAUCAUUGGAUUAAACCUUAUAUAAUAGACUUUUUAAUAAACACUAGA